AUGAAUCAAGAAAUCUACGAAGAACUGCUCUCCGCAAGAACUUUGAUAACCGACACUAAAGGAUAUUUUGACUAUGGAAUACCACCGUGGAUAAUUAAUCCAUAUGGUGACAUAGAAGAAACUAAUGUCAUAAUACAAGAGCAGCUGACUGAACUAAGUACAAACGAAGAACUUAAGGUUCAGUUUAAAAACGGAUAUCAGCAAUUCUGGCUGCAAAACAACAUACCCGUUACUUAUCCCAUGGAUGCAAAACGAUUUUAUGGUGCUAAAACUGUUGGGAUUCCGAACUUGAGUGGCAGUGAAGAUGAAAAUUUGUCAGAUGAUGAUUUUUUCCGAAAAUCAUUUUCUCAAGUUCUGGUGGAAGAUACCAGUGAAGAACAGCUUGAUAGAGAGACGGUCGAAGAUAUUGUGAUUAAAGAAAGUGAUUUUUCCGAUAGUGAAGACGACGUUCCCCUUUCAACUCUCAUUGCAGCAAACAAGGCAAAGAAAAAAAACAAGGUUUGUUUUGAUUGGGAAGAUAAACAGUUGAGGGUAUCUGAUGAAGACAUAUUAUUGAAGGGGUCUCACUCCUUAGGAAAAGAUAUUUUGAAAAAUCGUGUGCCAGAUUGCGAAUUUCCUAAGGAAUCUAUGAUGAAGAAAAAAGGUAGAGGUACAAUUAUGGAGAGAGUUGCUCAAGUCGAUGGCGUAGAUGUUUCAGUAGUUUCCUGGUAUGAUAACAAAGUAAUUACCACAGUAUGA